AUGAGACGGAAUGCAGCAGCAAUGGAAAUUAUUUUACGGCAUGAUAAGGCACUCCCAGAAGGCGAGGCCUUAUGCAUAAGGGGUUUACGACUUGCUGCAAGGCAUGCCCCUGUAGACGAAGCAGACUGCCCAGAGUUGGUGGAAUCUGUAGCCUUUAGAGGUAUUAGGCUCAACUCAGGACAUUCGCAACCUUACGGACUUGCUCUUACUCCAGCAACGGAGGCAGACAGAGAUGAGAGACGAAACAGAGCAGCAGCAGGAAUCUCCCAAAACGUGCCCGUCAAUAUGCCUGCUGCAGCCUCCGUAGACUGCUGGAACUGCUCUGUCCACAAAUUGUAUGCUGUAAUCGCUCUAGCUCUUCUCGUGCUUCCAGACGACAUUGAAAAAAUCGUAAUGCAAGUUCUGGACGACUUGCUGAGGGACAAGGAGUAUGAUGAACAGCAGGCGUCUGACUGGACCGACAGAAUCUGUGACAACUGCAUGCGACGUCUUUCGGAACUGAAGCGGCCCUACAAAUAUGUAGUGCACGCAAACCUCGCACAGCAGGGGACCGGAUCCCUCCACCUUGCAUCUGCUGGUACACUCUGCUCUAACUCUGACGCAAUCGUUCCUCUUGGUGUUGUUGUUGCUACAGGCGUCGUUAGCUGCAUUUGGCCAGAGGAACGGAUACAUGACAGAGCAUCUCGUGGAGUUAAGGCUGCAGUGAGGGUCUUCGGGUUCGCAUUUUAG